AUGAUCAAGUCUCUGCCUCUGGCUGGCCUGGUGGCUGGCUCAUUAGCCAGCCCGGCUUUGAAUGUCUACUGGGGCUCAAUUGCCGGGUACAGCCUUCGUGAUGUUUGUGAUUCUGGUGUCAAUUAUGUCACCCUCGCCUUCAUCAACAACUCCCCCGAGCACGGGGGUGGCUAUCCGGGAAGCAACUUCGGUGCCCAUUGCAGCGCUGAAGUCUUCGUGAACGAGAAGGGUGAGAAGACCAAGUUGCUCAGCACAUGUCGUUCAGUUACGCGCGACAUCCCUUAUUGCCAGACGAAGAACGUCAAGGUCUUGCUGUCCAUUGGUGGCCGGUAUGGGGAGGGUAGCAAUUACUCUGUUUCUUCCGAGGCCAAGGGCGUCGAGUUCGCCCACUUCCUGUAUAACGCCUUUGGCCCUUUCAACAGCAGCUGGAAGGGCCCGCGGCCAUUUGAUGCCGAUGGCAAGACCGUUUCUGUCGAUGGUUUCGACCUGGACUUGGAGGGGCCGGCCGGCCAAUUUGACAACAAGCCCUACGUUGCCAUGGUUGACUGGUGGCGCAAGCAGAGCAAGCCAAUGUUCAUCACUGCCGCGCCUCAGUGCGUCAUCACCAACCAGUGGAACCGGAACGUGAACGACGACUUGAUCGCCAAUGCCAAAUUUGAUGCUCUCUUUAUCCAGUUCUACAACAACGGAGUGUGUGAUGCUAUCCCCGGCAACACCCCGGAUGACGAGUUUUCGUACCAUGCCUGGGCCAACACCAUUGCAAAGGGCAAGAGCCGUGACGCGAAGCUGUUCAUCGGCCUGCCCGCUCAUCGGCAUGGUGCUGGCUCCGGCUACCUCGAACCUGAGAAGAUGAAGGAACUUGUUUGCCAGUUUAGCAAACACAAGAACUUCGGCGGCGUCUCCCUGUGGGAAGGUUCGCGUGGUUUGAACAACACCGACGCCAUGGGCAAGUCCUACCUUGGUAGUGCCGCCGAGGCUGUCAUGUAUCCUUGCCGGAAGUUUCCCGCGUCUACUUCGGCCCAGGCUACCCCUACGGCCACCACCACCGAGUCUGACGACGACGAGUGUAUCACGACCUCGGAGACGCCCACGCCGUCGACUAUGUCGUUUGACGACGACGAUAAGUAUAUCACGACCUCAGAGACGCCCACGCCGUCGACUAUGUCGUUUGACGACGACGAUAAGUAUAUCACGACCUCAGAGACGCCCACGCCGUCGACUAUGUCGUUUGACGACGAUGAGUGUAUCACAGAGACGUCUAAUGUGACAGCCACCGCUACUGUUGGCAAGACUAGCUCUGUUCCCUGGUCCAAUUCGACAACGGCCAAGACCAUCCAGACGAGCCAGCCUAUUUCAUUGACGACGAGCCAGCCCAUUUCAAUGACGACGAGCACCGUCUACACCACCACUACGUUUAUCUUGACGGAGUGUCCGUCUAUCGUUACUGGCUGCACCCUCGGCCGCGUUACGACCCAGACCAUCGCUCUCUACACUACAGUGUGCCCCGUCACAGAGCCUGCUCAAACGCCCGAGCCUACGAGUACCAAGGCUCCCAGGAUGACCACCAGCACCGUCUACAACACCAAGGUGUAUACCAUUACUCAAUGCCCCUCUACUGUGACAGACUGCCCUGCACGCUACGUCACUGAGGUCAUAUCAGCAUACACUACCGUCUGCCCCGUGGAGGAUACCGAGACUGGCAAGGUUCCUAAGCCCACAGGAUCUGCUCCUAUGACCAACGUCAAGACUGGCAAGAUCCAGACCCCAGACUCUCUUCCAACCUCGCUCCGCCCCACGGCCGUCCCGCAGCCUUCGGGCGAGGGUUGCACUGGUCCCAGCUGCCCGGGCACCUCGGUGGCUGACUGCAUCGGCCCUGAGUGCCCUGGCGUCAUGCCCACCGAGAAGCCCACUGGAUCUGCUCCUAUGACCAACGUCAAGACGACAAGCCUCACCAAGACCGUCAAGAUCCAGACCCCAGACUCUCUUCCAACCUCGCUCCGCCCCACGGCCGUUCCGCAGCCUUCGGGCGAGGGUUGCACUGGUCCCAGCUGCCCGGGCACCUCGGUGGCUGACUGCAUCGGCCCUGAGUGCCCUGGCGUCAUGCCCACCGAGAAGCCCACCGAGAAGGAACAGGACGCUGGAUGCGCUGGCCUCGAGUGUUCCGGUGUUGCCAGUCCCAUUGGCAAUGCCUGGACCAAGUCUCCAGUCGGUCCAUCUGCUGUCCCCGUCCCUCCCGUGACCGCCGGUGCGUCUGGCCUGGCUCUCGGCCUGACGGGCCUUGUCGCCGUUGUUGCUGCUCAGCUUCUGGCCACGUAA